AUGUACUUCACCCUCUUCCUUGUCUGGGCUCUCGCUGCCACGAUUGCUGUCUCGCGGCCGUCUCCCAAGGACCGUCACGAGGUCCGCACGUUCUGUCGUUCUCAAAACACAUCCACGACACAACCAGAGUUUUCAACCUCAGCUGGCGCCUCUUUGAACGCCUCUGAAGGCACGUUCACGAGCAUUGUGGCGUCCACUGUGAUUCCGUAUCUUAGCGUGCCUGAGAAUCAGGACCUGAGUCUCAACUACUCCGCGUCCUUCUUUGUCGGCGUUGGUGUCAUCUCCUGCGAGAAUGCCCUUGCGGCUGGUAUCGGCUUCAGCCUCCAGAAUGGCACACAGACCAAUACUGCCAGUCUCCAGGUUUUCCCUGCCACUGAGUCCCACAAGAUCCGGGGUAUCAGCUUCUCUCCGGGCGACAACGUCACGGUAGCUGUCACCGCGCUGAACGCGACAUCAGGCGAGGUGGUCAUGAUCAAUCAGAGCAUGAACCAGAUCGUCUCCAAGACCGUCUAUACCAGCUAUAUAUGCAGGGAGGAUGUAGAGGUGAUUGUACAACAAAAAACCGUAGGGGACUCCCUCGUCCCCUUGGCCAACUUUAGCACGAUUGACUUCACUGGUGUAUAUGCCGGGACCAACACAGACCCCGUCAACUUCUCUAGCGCGACUCUUUUGAACAUAAGAGAGAACCACACUGAUUUGACUUACGUCUCGGCCUCGUCCUUGGAUGUUGCUAUCACUUUCCUCUAA